CGACGGGGGGGGGUCUUUAUUUGGCAGGAAGUUAGCCGCAGCUCACAGGAAGCCGAAUAAUGAGGACACAGUGAGGUGCAGGAAUUGGCAAAGAGCUACGAGUCCAAACGUUGCUCUUUACUCUCUUUAAACUCCCCUUUCUGGUACAGGAGGAACAAGCAGUCAGCCUCCUGUGUAUGAAGACAAGUCAGAGGCAGCUAUGUCUUCAGCGGUGGAUCUCAAGACGAAGGAGGAGAAGGAUGCAGAGUUGGACAGACGAAUCGAAGCUCUGAGGAAGAAGAAUGAAGCUCUGGUGAAGAGGUACCAGGAAAUAGAGGAAGACAAGAAGAAGGCAGAGCAGGAGGGCAUUGCCGUGACAACGCCUAGGAAGCCCCGUCCUCAUGAGCCGGAGACGGACAGAAGGAAGACCGAGAAAGAAAACUUCACCGUCACAGUCGACCUUUCUAAACUGACAGGGGAGAAGAGAGUUGUGAACGACUGGAAAACCGGUGGGCCUCGUGGCCGGAAGACCUCAGAGGAGAGCGAUGGGCAUGGAGGGCCGGGCGACGUCCACAGGGGAGGAGGAGGAGAAGGAGGGACACCAGGAGGCACGGACAGGAAAUCUAAGGAAUGGGAGGAGAAGAGGCGACAGAACAUUGAGAAGAUGAAUGAAGAAAUGGAGAGAAUAGCAGAGUAUGAGAGAGGACAGCGGCCGGACGGAGACAAACCACUCCGUAACUUCCUGGACGACCCGAGACGUUCAGGCCCAGCACCAGACAUAGACCGCAAGGAGGGCAGCAGGAGACAUGUACGAAACUGGGGAGGGCUGGACUUCGACAAUGUGAAGACCGGAGCAGAGCUGGAGAAAGAGUGGACUAGUCGCAGGCCCGGUCAGAAAGGCUCCAUGGAUAUGACGAUGUCUAUGACCGGCCGGGAGAGAGCAGAGUACCUGCGCUGGAAGAAGGAGCGUGAGCAGAUUGACGAGGAGAGACUAGCACGCCAUCGUAAUGCCACAGGCCAGUGGAGACGAGAGUGGGACGCACAGAAGACUGAGAACAUGUUCAAGGAGGACCCUUAUGUGGCUGCAGAGGGCAUCACACCUGAGCAGGGCAGCAGGAGAGCCCGGGGGCGUAACUCUCGUACAGAGCCUCGGGGCAGGGCCUCAGACGACAGCAAGCGUCCCCCGAAAACUCCGACAUUUGGCGACUUCCUGUCCCAGGGCAGGAGCCAGGGACCUCGAGGAGACCGGGGCAGAGGGAGGGGCAGAGGACAGAAACCGAGCUACAGCAUGCAUGACAACCGGUGGGAAGGAGAGAAAGAGGAGGAGGACAAGGAAAAGGAGGACAAGACGAGGAGAGAGGAGAAGCCAAAGAAGAAGGAGGAAGAAAAAUCCAAAGCUCCGACAACACAGAAGGUGGAGGAGAAGAACGGAGACGGAGAGGAUGACGAGGAGGAAUGGGAGGAUGCCAGCGAUGAAGAAGACGAUGAGGAAGGGAGCACCUCAGAACACGACUCCAGGGGCGAUGAGAAGAAAGACAAGGGGAAAGAGAAACCAACCAAGAGCAAAGACUGCUCCCCCACAUCUCCCGCACCUCGUUCGCGAACCGCUUCAGCAGGAAGCCCCAAAGAGCAGCGGACUCCGAGGCCAAAGGUCCACAUCCCCGCCCCGUCAGUUCAGGAGUCACCGGAGGGAGGGAAGCCCCUCAGCCCCUUCUCCCCGCUGGACAGCCACCGGCCUGUAACAGACUGGGGGGAGGAGAUGGAGAUGCUGUCGCCCCGGAGCAGCAUGGAAGGUGAGAGCCCACUGAAACCCCCCAGUGUGGACAGCAGCCCGCCCCAGAAGAAGGAGCAGGAGGAGACGGAGAGCCAAGCUGCCGGCUCCAGUGAACCUGCUGAGCCACAGGAAGGAGAAGCUACAGCCAUAAGCGUUUCCUCUCCUUCAGAAAAGAUUAAAGCCCAGCAGACUGUGAUAGUGUCAGAACCAG